AGGAGUCAGUGGUCGGCGAUCGCCACCACAUUCUUAUAUCGCCACACACCCGGUCUGAGUGAGGAAACUCCCGAGCGGAAUAUUUUGCGACAGAGGAUUUCUUCAGUUCGCUAAUAUAAGCAGUCAAAAAUCCAAACAUCUCGGACUUGUUUUUCGUGGCAUCCCAGUCGUGCACAGCUAAGUCACAAAAGCAGUGGUAACCUCCAGUUUAGCCCUGCCCAGCCUCACACACCCCACCGGCCUGGCUCAAGGAGGGAGGGAAAAUCAUUCGAUUGUUGAUAUUGUGGGUUCAAUAGUUGUUGCUUUACACGUGUCACGACUUCUGGUUAUUGUUUUCAGUGCAGACAGCUUUUGAAUUCGGUUUGUAUCCGAAGCCUAAAGAGGCACGAGUGCUCACAAGCUAGUAACGUUAGCGACACAAUACAGCAGACGAGUUCCAUCCCUCCAGACGUAACUUCAAGAGGCCAUUCAGUGUGCCUACAUGGGACUAUUUCCGAUAAUGCAACAGCCUGUCAUAUUUUACCGAUCAGCAUCCUCGCAUUGAGCAACAUAACACAUUUGUAACGGGGAACCGUAUAAUAUUUGCUUAGUAAGCUAGCCAUCUUGCUAGACAGGCCAGCUUCCUUGUAUCAAAUAGCAAACCGUCUAGUACUAGUAGCUAACGUUAAUGGUGGCUGGACUGCAUUGUCAGAACUAUGGAAAUGAGAACGUUAGUUUGUUUUAAAGUGCCUGUGUUUUUUUUAAGAUUAUUAGCAAAUCGUAUAUAAUUUUAAUGAGACAUUGACUCCAAACACGGAAGCGAAUAAUCGUAUCUAAAAAAAAUGUAAUUAUCACAUUUAUGUUGGAUUUAAGUCGCUGAGAGCCAACAAAAGACUCAAUUUUGGAUAUCAAUUGACGAGACGAAUGAUUUCUGUGUCCCUGGUUUUAACUGGAUUUGGCCUCCCCCUUUUGGUUCGACGCGGGAGCAGCGGGAUUUCGACAGUCCCACUCAUCUGUCACGUCGAUAUUUGUAUACAUUUUCCUAUCCCUUACUCCCUCCCACAACCUUUCCCCGUUUCUCUCUCCGAUGCGGAGUGCUGAGUAACGCCGGCAAACCAAAUCGAUAACGGCGGCCGGACAUGCUGAAGUGUAUCCCUUUGUGGCGUUGUAACCGCCACGUCGAGUCGGUGGACAAGCGACAUUGUAAUUUGCAAAAUGUCCCCGACGAGAUAUUUCGCUACAGCCGCAGUCUGGAGGAGCUUCUCCUCGACGCUAACCAACUCCGAGAACUACCCAAGCCUUUCUUCAGACUUCUGAACUUGCGGAAACUGGGUCUGAGUGACAAUGAGAUCCAGAGGCUCCCUCCUGAGGUGGCCAACUUCAUGCAGCUGGUGGAGCUCGACAUCUCCAGAAAUGACAUUCCUGAGAUCCCCGAGAGCAUUAAGUUCUGCAAGGCAUUGGAGAUUGCAGACUUCAGUGGAAACCCCCUCUCCAAGUUGCCUGAUGGUUUCACUCAGCUCAGAGGGCUCGCCCACCUGGCACUUAACGACGUGUCAUUGCAGACACUGCCCAACGACAUAGGAAACCUGGCCAACCUGGUGACGCUGGAGCUCAGGGAGAACCUGCUCAAGUCCCUGCCCACGUCACUCUCUUUCCUGGUGAAACUGGAGCAUCUGGACCUGGGCAGCAAUGAACUGGAUGUGUUGCCGGACACACUUGGUGCUCUCCCUAACCUACGGGAGCUGUGGUUGGACCGCAACCAGCUCUCCUCUUUGCCACUAGAGCUGGGGAACCUGCAGAGACUUGUGUGUCUAGACGUGUCAGAGAACCGACUGGAGGAGUUGCCCUCAGAGCUCAGCGGCCUGCUGGCCCUCACUGACCUGCUGCUCUCACACAACCUCCUGGAGGUGGUCCCUGACAGCAUAGGCUCUCUGAAGCAGCUGUCCAUCCUGAAAGUGGACCAGAACCGACUGACCCACCUGAGUGACUCCAUAGGAGAGUGUGAGAACCUGACGGAACUCGUACUGACCGAGAACCUAUUACAGACUCUGCCUCGCUCGCUGGGCAAGUUGAAGAAGCUGACAAACUUGAAUGUGGACCGCAACCGGCUGGGCGACGUGCCUGAUGAGCUGGGUGGUUGCGCCAGCCUCAACGUGCUCUCUCUCAGAGACAAUCGCGUGGCCAAAUUGCCCGCUGAGCUGGCUGACGCCACUGAGCUUCAUGUUCUGGAUGUGGCAGGGAACAGGUUACAGAACCUGCCAUUUGCCCUGGCCAACCUCAACCUGAAGGCCAUGUGGCUGGCAGAGAACCAGUCCCAGCCCAUGCUCAAGUUCCAGACGGAGGACGACGAGAGCACCGGGGAGAAGGUGCUCACCUGCUACCUGUUGCCCCAGCAGCCCUCCCCCAGCCUGGAGAACCUGCUGCAGAACAGUGUGGACGACAGCUGGAUAGACAGCAACCUGAACCGGGUGUCUGUUAUCCAGUUCCAGGAGGAGACCACCAAGCAGGAUGAGGACGAUGAGGCGGCUGCAGAGCGCAGGGGUCUCCAGCGCCGGGCGACGCCCCACCCCAGUGAGCUGAAGGUCAUGAAGAAGGUGAUUGAGGAGAAGAGGAACGAGGCCUACAUAUCCUGUCCUGAUGGAGAGCCAGAGUCUCCUGGUACUGAGGUACAACACACCACUGAGAAACGACUGAGCAAUUUGUCCAAUCAGAGCCACGACUCUGCAGCGUCCAACAGCACAGCCUCUGCCAACUCUCACGAGGAGAGACUGUGCGUGAUUACCACAGCGAGGGAGAGCCUAGUGGGUGGGCGUGGUGAACAGGAGGAGGAAGAGCUAGACGAGAUGGAGGUGGAGUAUGUGGAGCCCACGGUGCACUUUGCAGAGGAGCCCAUAUACCAGGGUGGGAAUGAGGACGGUGAGGACGAGGAGGGUGGGGACGGGGUCCCAUGCAGCGACCUAGAGGAACAGAGGCUCCAGUUCCCUACGGAGAAGCAGCGUCUGAUCAGGAAGGACACGCCGCACUACAAGAAGCACUUCAAGAUUACCAAGCUGCCAAAACCCGAGGCGGUGGCCGCGUUACUGCAGGGCUUCAGCCCCGACGCACACCUGGCCCAACACCCCACCUCGCACCACCCUGACCCCGAGAAGGAGGAAGAGGAAGAGGAGGAGUGUAUGGUUACUCCACAGCGCCACAACAGAAUAGAAGAGCCAAAGCAGGAAGAGAGGAGUCUGCUUCAUGUCAACUCUUCCCUGCAGCCGGUCAAGGGGGUGUCAUUUGAUCAAGUCAAUAAUCUCCUGAUUGAGCCUGCUCGAAUUGAGGAGGAAGAGCACACCCUGACCAUUCUACGUCAAACUGGGGGCCUGGGCAUCAGCAUAGCCGGAGGACAGGGAUCCACACCCUACAAGGGGGAUGAUGAGGGAAUUUUCAUCUCCAGGGUGUCUGAAGAGGGCCCCGCAGCGCAGGCUGGGGUCAAAGUGGGAGACAAACUCCUAGAGGUGAACGGUGUGGUUCUCCAGGGGGCAGAGCACCACACGGCGGUAGAGGCCCUGCGCAGCUCGGGCGCCGCCGUCUCCAUGAGCGUCCUCCGGGAGCACAUGGUGGAGCCGGAGAACGCCAUCACCACCACACCGCUAAGGCCCGAGGACGACUACUUCCCCCGGGAGAGACGGGCCAGUGGCCUUCCCUUCUGCAUUGAGGCAGGCUCCCCCGCAGGCUUCCGACACAGGCUGUCUGCCUGCCUGGUCCGCAAUGACAAGGGUCUGGGCUUCAGCAUUGCCGGGGGCAAAGGCUCCACAGCCUACCGCACGGGGGACAUGGGAAUCUACAUCUCGCGGAUCGCAGAGGGAGGGGCGGCCCACAGAGACUGCACACUCCGAGUAGGGGACAGGGUCAUCACCAUCAAUGGCGUAGACAUGACCGAGGCCAGGCAUGACCAGGCAGUAGCGCUGCUUACCGGCACCUCUCCCACCAUUGCUCUCCUGGUGGAGCGUGACCAGGCCGAGCCGGGCACCCCAGGGGGCUCCCCGGGCCUGUCCCGUGCCCGCGCCCACUCCCCCCCACCUCCAGAGCCCUCUGACUCACCUGACCAGGAAGAAGGCAACGACGACUCCAGCCUCUUGCCCCACGGGAGCCAGCCGCUGGAGGACGAAUACCCCAUCGAGGAAGUGGCGUUGGUGAAAGCGGGCGGCCCCCUGGGACUGAGCAUCGUGGGAGGCAGUGAUCACGCCAGUCACCCGUUCGGCAUCAACGAGCCUGGCGUCUUCAUCUCUAAGGUGAUCCCACAUGGCUUGGCGUGUCAGAGUGGGCUGCGGGUGGGGGACAGGAUACUGGAGGUGAACACCAUCGACCUGCGCCACGCCACCCACCAGGAGGCUGUUAAAGCCCUGCUCUCCAACAAGCAGGAGAUCCGCAUGCUGGUGCGCAGGGACCCCUCGCCUCCCGGGAUGGAGGAGAUAGUGAUCCAGAAGCAGCCUGGAGAAAAGCUGGGCAUCAGCAUCCGCGGCGGUGCCAAGGGCCACGCUGGCAACCCCUUCGAUGCCACCGAUGAGGGCAUUUUCAUAUCCAAGGUGAGCUCCAGCGGUGCGGCGGCCAGGGAUGGCCGUCUGCUUGUGGGCAUGCGGAUCUUGGAAGUGAGUAACCACAGCCUGCUGGGCAUGACCCACACGGAGGCUGUACGCGUGCUCCGCGCCGUGGGAGACACCCUGGUCAUGCUGGUGUGUGACGGCUUCGACCCUGGCAACUCUGCCUCUGUAGAGGCGUCACCGGGCAUCAUUGCCAACCCGUUUGCCGCAGGCAUCGUGCGUAAGAACAGCAUGGAGAGCAUCUCCUCUAUAGACCGAGACCUGAGUCCCGAGGAGAUGGACAUCCUACAGAAGGAGGUGGAGAUGGUGCGAGAGACGUCCCAGUGGGAGAGAGAAGAGAUGGAGAAGGUGGAGCGCAUGCGUUUGGAGCGUGAGGAGGAUACUCGCCUGCUAGAAGAGGAGACCGAGAACCUGGGCACUGGGCCUCUGAAACUGGACUACCGGACGCUGGCCGCACUGCCCACCACCGCUCUCCAGAAGGUCAACAGGUUAUCUCCUUCUGUCAGUGCAACUGCCCCCAUGGAGGCCCCCAUUCAGGCCCAAUGUUCUUUCACCUUAGAGCCCCUGGGUUUUGACCUGGGGCAGCCCCCCACCUCCCUCUUCCCUCUUCCCCAUGCUCUACCUCAGUCCGGCCCCAUUAUGAACACAGAGGCAGGGCCCUUCUACAUGUCCCAGCACUCUCCCAGUCCCUUGAUAACCGCCUCCAAUCAAGGAGCAGCUAGACAAGAAGCCCUGCCUACUGGUGAAGACGAGGAGGUGGUGGUUCUGGUGGACUCCCAGCCAAUCAACUUCACCGAGAACCCCUUCCUGGUGGCCAAUCGCAGGGGCAAAGGUUGCCCCCCCUCUGAGCGCAUCCUCUCAGGGCCUCCUGUGGGCUACGGGAGUGCGGGAAAACUGCAGCCCUGGUUAUUCAGCAAGGCGCCCUCCACUGAGCCCCCAAGGACAGACAGUCCCAUUAGAGACGCCCCCUACUCACCAACCACACAACCGGCAAGCAUUCAUUUCACCCCUACUGCACUGCCUGCCAAGGAGGAAAUCUCACCACUGAGUCCCUAUGAGACAAGGCCAGGUGCCAUCCAGCCCCUCUCCCGUGGUGGCGGGCGGCCGAUCACCUCGCCAGCCACUCCGGACGGACACAGCAGCCCCAAUCCCUUCCAGCAUGGCCCCUCCCCCAUCAACUCUCAGACCUUUGAUCUGUUUGGCGAGAGGAACAACGUCCACCACAAUCAGCCUUCUCCAGAGACUCCAUCACCUGGUGGCAGAGACGACCUGGCGCAGCGCUCCUUCAGGGACAGACAGAAGUACUUUGAAAUCGACAUGAAGCAGCAGGCGCCCGACACCAAGCCCAAAUGCCGCGUUUCCCUGGUUGGAGCAGACGACCUGAAGAAGAUGAGGGAGGAGGAAGAGAGGAGAUUCGAGCAGCGGGCACGGGAGUACCUGAUGGAUGAAGAUGACGAGGAGGAGGAUGACCUGGUGAAGCAGAUGGGAGUGUUGAAGGCCACGGGCAAAGUGGUGCUGGACGGGGUGGAGUACAAGGUGGAGCCUGUAGCCACCCCCCACAGGCACUGUAACACGCCCCCCAGCUACAGCGCCACACCCCCUAGCUACUGUGGCAGCUCAGGGCCCUCGUUAGUGGAUGGUAAAGGAGACUCCCAGAGGAAUUCCUUAGAGGAGAGCUUCAAGCUGGAGCAGCAGAGGCCCAACUCCAUGACUGGUCUGAUCCCAGUGUACCCUGGAGAGUCGGGGGCUCCCAUCCGGACAGCCAAGGCAGAACGGAGGCAACAGGAGCGCCUGAGGAUGCAGAGUCCAGAGCUGGCCCCAGCUGGAGACAAGGACCUCUCCCCCUCCGAGAAACGGGCUCUGGAAGCCGAGAAGAGAGCCAUGUGGAGGGCAGCAAGGCCCUAUGGCCUAGAGGAGGAUGUUAGGCAGUAUGAGCAGGACCUGGCUAAGAGGCUCUACCAGUCGCGAGUGAGGGCAUCUCAGGGCACCGCGCCACCCCCUCAGUCCCAAAACGCCGCCGCCUCUUCCGCUGCCUCCCAGCUCAGGAUGAAGUCUCUGGAGCAGGAUGCUUUGAAGGCUCAGAUGGUCAUCGCUAAGUCCCGGGAGGGAAAGAAGCGUGGCACACUGGACCAGCUGGCCGAGUCGCCCUCGCCCACCCUCACGCCAUCCCCCACCCCUCUGGAAGAUUUCAGUCCACAAGGAGUAACGUCACCAGGCAGACUGUCCCUGUCGGAAAAGAAGUUUGACUACCGACAGUUUGCUGCCAUUCCUUCUUCCAAACCCGUAUACGACAUCCAGUCCCUUGACGUGGUCGAGGACAUUCAGUUCAUUGACGAUGGCUCCAGUAACCCAGGUGACUUCCUGGGAUAAGCAACUCCUAUUGUGCAUGCUGCAGAUCCCGGGACUGAGGUGCCCACUGCCACCUCAGCACUGGAGAUGGCCCUCUACAGCAACACGCGCCAGCUGAGGCAGGGCUGCCGCAGCCUGGAGACCGCCGUGCCCACAUAACACACAUCUACCACAAGAGACUCGGGAGACAUACAUAUACACAGAGGAGGCACCGGGUCACUACACACGCUCACAGGUUUGGGAGAUGCGUCCCAUGUAAACCACUGCAGAGACCAUGAUGCUGAUAGUCAACACACACACACACACACAAUGUCAUAUCUUGCCUUUACAGUCUGAGGAUGUGUUGGCCUGAACAUGAGGCCCAACGUUCCUGAGGCCAGGGAGGAGGAGGGCUGGUGAGGGGAGCUAGCGUUACGCUUCAGAAAUACCAUUCUCUUUUUUAUUUGUGUUCUUUUUCUUCAGUUUACGUUUUAGUAGCUGAAUUAUAUUAACAGGUGACUUAUGUUUUUACUUUUGACCCUCUGCUUUUUGCUGUUUUAAAUGAAAAAUGUGUUCUGGAAGAGAAAGGAAAAAAUAUGAAUUGUGUAGAUGUAAUACUAAUUUUUCAGAUGCUAUUUUUGAGGUUUUCAAUGAAUAUAUUGUGAAAUGUCAGGGUUUUUAGCGGGCUUCGGGGGGGGGCGUGUAUAUAUUGGGAACAUACUGCUACCUUCACUGCCACAUUUUAAACACUACAUACAUAUCAUAUCUCAACUGCACUACCACACUACUUAGAAAACAACAUGUUUAUUUUUAAAUAAUUUAUUUUGCUUGUAUUUUAUUACUCGAUUCUAAAGCCUCCCCUGUAAUACAUUGUUACCCCCUGUACUUUCGAGUGCAACAGAACAAUGCAUAUCAUUUUAUUUAUCAUAAUGGCAUCAAGGCAUAUCAUGAUAUCAUUUUAAUUCAAAUGUACAUCUUAUGAGGCAAGCACAUGUUUAAUCCAUAUCACCAAGAUAUUUUCUUUUACAAUGAAUACAUUUGUUUUCACUCUGAUGCACAGGCCUUAACCAGGUUCUGACUGGUACAUUACAAGGAACAUGCUGUCACAGACUUGUAGGAUACUGAUCCCAGUACAGUUGUUUGAUCUCGGUGGAUUUGAUCUCUAGCUUUCCUGGACCAGGUUUAUCAAAUUCUGUCCCAUUCCUAUUCUCGAGAAUGUAACUACACUGGAGAGACCAGCAGAGACACCCACACACACAUGGACAGAUAAGCCACUAGUCUUUAUUCAAAAUGGCUGUAAAUUUAGGAACAUAAUCUCAGCUUCAUCUCCAUUUACAUAUACGGUACUUUCCCUGCCCUUUUGGUGGAAAUCAUUUGUCAAUGUGAAUCUCACUCCUAUCUGGAUGGUUUUCCAGAUUUUACCGGUGAAGGUAGCAGGUGUUUGCUUUUUUUAAAAUUAUCUGCCUUUGAUUAAUUUAAAUCUGACACCCACUGAAAAUCCUUUAUUGUUGUGUGAAUAAUGUACAAAAUACUGAAUGGAAAGCAAAAUGUACGGUUGAAAUUGAGCCAGUCUACUAAGCCAAGACCAAGCAAGUGUCUGGACUGGUGAGCUCUCUCCCUACCUCUCUCUCUCUCUCUGCAUGUACAAUAUAUUGGCUUUACUGGGAGAACCUAUAGAGGCAGAAGACAUUUUGUUAAUCCCUUUUGAAAUGGAUCUCAUUCGACCAUCAUUCUCAAUCUCUUUCCUCUGCUUUACCUGCUGCUGUCAUGGAUGUUAUCUGAUGGCAGCUUUGUUUUUGGAGAGUCAUGAUAGAAGCACUCGUGUUUAAUUUAAUGUACUAAUCAUAUCUUUCUGCGUUGCUUUCGCUGACUGAAAUUCAGUUAAGGAUGAUAACAUUUGCGAUUGGUUGACAAAAAUGUUUUUUGUUUUUUUAUUUUAUUAAACUUACUGUAGUGGGUAAAACGUUCCAAACAAAAUGGGAUUCACAACAUUUUUUUAUGCCAAACAACUGUUGGAACUUCCUUUUGGUUACACUCUUCUCUUGAAUUAUUUUGGUGGACUAUUUUUCCCAAAUGAGUCAGAGGGAAAGGGUAGAAGUGCUGGGGUCAAGGCUCAUCCAAAACUGUAACUAGUGAAUUUGUACAACCAAAGAGGUCUAUUUUGUGGUUCACAAAUAAAAAAAAGUUUACUUUUCAUUUAACAAGCUGA